AGCAAGUGCCGGGUGUGUCCCAGCGCAUUUCACGUCCCUGUUUCCAGUGCGAUGGAGCAAAUGCUGCCUCGUGAACAGGAAGGUCUACCAAGAAGGGACCCAGUUGGUGUGCGUUUGAAUGGAAAGUCGGCGUCGGAGAGGAGCUUGGACCUGCACUCCAUGGCCUCCAGUGCCUCUAGUUGGACAGCCGGGCCACCGGUGCCAACGAGAUCCAUGCCACGCGGGCGCUUGAUGGGCAUGCCAAAAGGAAACGAGGAGCUAUUUGAGGUUGCUCACGAAGGUGUACAGCGCUUAUCAGAGCAUGUCGCCGAUUCCGAGCAAAAGGCUUUGCAAAUGGCCAAAGAGGUGAUUGAUGAGAUGCGAAGACCGCAGGAACUGGACGAUGAAGUCGCCAAUGGUUCAUUGACGUGGGAAGAGAUUGCGUUGCCGCAGCACACGAGGAUUGCGCUGUUUCAUUGCCACAUCACACGUGCCACAUCGAGGGUCAUCGCACCGAUUCAGCGAAUCUCGCUGAGGGUCAUCUCACUCGACCUGCUCGUUAGGUCCAAGGGGGAAAGAGCUUUUUGAUUCUAUUUAGCUCGCCCUUAAUUAAGUAGGCGCCUACUUAAUCAAGUAAGAGUCAGUAAGAGCGACUAGUUCCACCCUGGCUAGGACGCAGGAUAGCUCACGCUUCUUCAAGGACGCUCCCCCCGCCGCCCUACAGGCCGGGGGGAAGCUUCCUUGAAGAAGCACUCGCACUAAUGACUUGGUUCCUAGUUCAUUUUGGGAAACUUAACUUCCAAAAGAAGUGACAGAAGUGAAACUAUGAAGGCCCUGCAGCCUUUAGAAAAGGGCAGGAUUUUUCCAACAUGCAUUGAACAAGUGUAAACAGGCCCUAAUCCGCGCAAGCCCGCGCAACCAAAUUUAGACA